AUGGCCCCAAAACGCAAGACUGCCACAACUUCCGAAGAAUUGCCAGGAAAGCAAAAACGAGUACGUCAAGUGAAGAGAAACCAGGACGAUGAAGUCGAGAAAGAAAUUGGUUUCCAAUGUUUCUAUAGAUCAAACAUGCCAACUCAGGAUGAGAUUCAUAAGGCGGUGGAGGAAGUAUCGAAGAUGGCAGUGGAAGUUCUGAAGGAGGGAAAAACAAUUACCAAUCCCGAUUUAGCUGCUGUUCUUUUGGCUGAAGACAAAAUUCAACCAAAUGAGGAGAAGAUGGAGGAUUCGGAUGAUGACUCAAUGUUUGAGAUGUCGAUGGACAACUACGUGGAGGAUCGGAAAUUCAAAAAAAAUCCAGUAGAAGCUUCUUUCUCCAAAGCGUUACCAACCGAUGGUAACGGUAAUCCACCGUUGAACUUCUUCUUCCCGACAAUCUCCAACGUUGAUGGCCUCAUUGAAACUCAGCUUUCCAACUUCCCGGACACAAACCAAGAUGUGAAACUCGUCCGCUCUCAAAUCCUCGAGGCCUAUGAGAACGGUGUCCAUGGAUACAGGCUCGAUGAACAUGAGCACAGUGAACAGAUUCUCUUCGAAAUUAUGAAGCGGCUCAUUCCCGGAACAACCAACGCGGAUCUUUUGUAUUUUGCGAUUCAUUGCGUUUUCCCCAACAUCGGAACGCAAUUCGAAAUCUCGAAGAUGUUCCCGAAACUCUGCCGCAAAUAUGCUUCUGAGGACAGCUCGUUGGUUGGUUUGGAGAGAUGGAAAGCACAAGAACAAGUUGAAGAUCUGCCAGUUCUCCCACAACUCCCCGAGCCAGAAGUUCUACAACACUUCAUUGUGAAGCAGAUGAAUUUGAAAAUUGAGAAGGAUGACGAAAGAUGUUCGGAUGACUGCUACAAGGAUCUUUCACCAGGAUAUUUUGAGAAGAUGCUCAAAAAACUGGAUUCGAGAAAUCCCUCCGAUGUAUUACUGUAUGUCGCCAAAAGCAAAGUUACAAACUCCAAAACAGCCGCCUUUCUGAACGAUCUUUUGCUCCGAUCAGAAACGUGGAUUACGGGAUUCUGCGAACAUGCGAGAACUUCCAAGGAAAAUACAUGUGCAAAAUGGUUCGAGUUGCUCAUGGAUAACUCCACAAUUCCAGACGAUCGAUUGUAUAAGACCACAAUGAAAAAGUACAAGGAUGACCAGAAGGGCUUCAAUAAACGGCUAAACAGAUUCUACUCAGCCGUGUGGACGAAGAAAGACCUAAAUGUACAUCCGCUGACCCCAUGCAACCACGUUGGGUCAUGUGGACCGAACGUUCCACAUUGCUCAUGCAAUAAAUACUGCACUGUAGCUUGCCAGUGCAGAUACGAUUGCGGAAUAAAGUUUCCGGGCUGCAAUUGUGGAGAGGUCGAUGGACAAUCUUGUGGAACAUCAUCGUGUCCUUGUGUGCUCUUGAAAUUGGAAUGCAACCCACUCACGUGUAAUACGAGUUCAAGAACUUCUGGAAAUGCUCCAUGCAUGAAUGCCGAACUGGGGAAAGGAGCAAUGGUGGUGAUCCAUGUUAAGAGGUCAGGAGUGCCACAGAUUGAAGGAAAUGGAGCAUUCCUUGGACAAUCCGUCAAAAAACAUGAAUGCCUCGGCGAAUAUGUUGGAGAAUCAAUCCCGGAUGAAGAGAUUGAACGGAGAGGAGCAGAGUAUCACUUUUCAUGCAGUUACAUUUUUAAUUCCGGCCAAGGUCUUGGGACAGGAGUGGAUGCCAUGAGAACUGGUAACAAUUUAAGAUUCGUAAACCACUCAGACAAACCCAACUGUGAGGUCCGGAACAUGAAUGUAAAUGGUAGAGUGGUGAUCGGAUUUUAUGCUCUGAAAGAUAUGGAAGAAGGCACCGAGCUGUUCUUCAAUUAUGGUUACAGCGAGUUUCACAAGAAACAUUUUUUCGGAUCAGCUUCAUCCUCCAAGAAAAAAUAA